AACUAGUCGAGAUGGUGGAUGGUUUUUUAAAUCUUGUUUUAUUCUUCUUUGAUCCGUCGUCUUGAAUUUAUAAUCACCGUGUUCCAUGUCGAGUGUGCAUGACUCCUUUGGCUUUAUACUGUUCUUUAUAUGACCGUCCUCCCUCCGUCCUAAAACCUCCAACAUCCCAUCUAAGUACCAUCCGGCUCUGGCUCUUACACCACAGACAACCAAUCCUCCCAAUCCUCCUACAACCCAACCAUGACCCUCGCAAAACGCUGGCGCAGCAGCGAGCUGCACGUCGAAAUCUGCCACCACUACAACUCCAAAGUCUACGACUCGGGCUCGCCCGUCAUCGGCGACGCCGUCUUCUCCCCGAUCAAGGACGUCCACUCGGCCGCCGUGCAGAUCAAGCUGGUGGGCGAGUCAAAGGUGCACUGGGAGAACGUCACGGCCGGGGCCACCACCACCCAUCGCUUCCUCGAGCUCGACAUGCCAAUUCCAGAUUCCUCGUAUCCCGAGUCGGGCACCUUUCUGGCGGGAGAGACAUACGUGUUGCCGUUUCACUUCAUCAUUCCGCAUGAGCUGCCGACGGCGGCUUGUUCGCAUAGGGUGGAUUCCGAUGUUGUGAGGGACCACCACCUUCAGCUCCCUCCCAGCAUGGGAAACUGGGAAAAAGACGACAUGGCUGCUUCCGUCAGCGAGAUCAUAUACUCGAUCAAAACGACCAUCUUUUACAAGCCCUACGCCGACGAACCCUACUCAAUGUACGCCGAGGCGGCCAGGAGAAUCAAGGUCCUCGCGCCAUCCCCCGAGCAACCACCGUUGAACAUCUACAAGUCCAACAAACGAUACGCCCUUACAAAGACCAAGCAGAUCCGCAAGGGGCUUUUGUCAGGAAGUCUGGGCCAGGUCACCGUCGCAGCCGCGCAAGCCCAGACGGUUCAUCUCUACCCAGACGGACGCGGCCACGGCGAUUCGUCGUUGCCCGUCAGCUUAACCUUCAAGCCCACAGCACUAGAUGUGAUUCCGCCGCAGAUCACCAAAGUAAGCGCAAAGAUUCGAUCAUACACGUGGUACCAGCCCAGCCAAGUCUCCGGCUUACCCGAUCUUGGGACUUCUUCCAUCGGAGAGCCCUUCACAACUGCGGUCCCGGUCAGCGUGGAGCCGCAGAGCCGGUUGCAGUGGUCGCAGCAUCUCGACACGACGUCUGCGAGCAGCCGGGGAUCAGGCAAGCCGCCGCUCUUUCACUCGACAACUCUUGACGUCCUGUUCCAACUGCCGACUUCGACCAAGACGUUUCUCCCGACGUUUCACUCAUGUCUCAUUUCGCGAACAUACGCCAUUCACUUGAGUCUAUACAUCAACAAUGCCGAGGUGGAGCUCGUCGUGCCCAUACAAAUUGCGAUUGACGCAGCGCUGGGUGGAAAAAGUGAGUCACCGCCUGUGGUAGAGAUGGUGCCAGCGUACUCGUAGAUACAUGUAAUUUCAGAGGAUAUUCCCGGGAAGCUAGGCGUUAGUUGGUUGGAUAAUUAAUACUGUUGUUUCUGUUGUCA